GGAAGGAAAAUGGCGUCUGGUGUGAGGCAGGAGCUCGCGCAGCUCAUGAACUCUACCGGGUCUCACAAAGAUCUAGUCGGGAAGUAUCGCCAGAUUCUGGAGAAAGCUCUUCAGUUAACAGACACGGAGCAGCUCGAGGCUUUGAAAGCGUUUGUGGAAGCUAUGGUCAAUGAGAACGUAAGUCUGGUCAUAUCCCGACAGCUUCUGACUGACUUCUGCACGCACCUCCCAAACUUACCCGACGCCACGGCAAAAUCUGUCUACCACUUCACCCUCGAGAAGAUCCAACCCCGAGUCAUCUCCUUUGAAGAGCAGGUGGCGUCGAUCAGACAGCAUUUAGCCACUAUAUAUGAGAAAGAAGAGGACUGGAGGAACGCCGCGCAGGUUUUAGUGGGCAUUCCACUCGAGACGGGACAGAAACAGUACAAUGUCGACUAUAAGUUAGACACGUACCUGAAGAUCGCUCGGCUCUACCUGGAGGAUGAUGAUCCGGUUCAGGCAGAGGCCUACAUCAACCGCGCCUCCUUACUGCAGAAUGAGUCCACAAACGAGCAGCUGCAGAUCCACUACAAGGUGUGCUAUGCCAGAGUGUUGGACUAUAGGAGGAAGUUUAUAGAAGCAGCUCAGCGCUACAAUGAACUUUCGUACAAAUCCAUAGUGCACGAGAGCGAGCGAUUGGAGGCUCUAAAGCACGCUCUGCACUGCACGAUUCUGGCCUCAGCAGGCCAGCAGCGGUCUCGCAUGUUGGCUACGCUCUUCAAGGACGAGCGAUGUCAGCAGCUGGCGGCGUACGGAAUCCUCGAGAAGAUGUACCUGGAUCGGAUCAUCCGGGGGAACCAGCUGCAAGAGUUUGCUGCUAUGCUGAUGCCCCAUCAGAAAGCCACCACGGCAGAUGGUUCGAGUAUCCUGGAUCGAGCUGUUAUUGAACACAACCUUCUGUCUGCCAGCAAACUGUACAACAACAUCACGUUUGAGGAGCUGGGUGCACUUCUGGAGAUUCCACCUGCAAAGGCAGAGAAAAUCGCCUCCCAGAUGAUCACAGAGGGCCGUAUGAACGGCUUUAUCGACCAGAUCGACGGCAUCGUGCACUUUGAGACUCGAGAGCCGCUUCCCACCUGGGACAAACAGAUCCAGUCGCUCUGCUUCCAGGUGAACAACCUGCUGGAGAAGAUCAGCCAGGCGGCACCCGAGUGGACGGCACAGGCGAUGGAGGCCCAGAUGUCCCAGUAAACCGGGUCACAUCCCGACAUUGCACCGCCUCCGGGUCACACUUUACAGAGGCACUUCUAAAGGACGCUUUACGAAAUAGAAAACUGAGCGAGUCGUCUCGAUUCCUUUCUGAGCAGUGUGAUUCUCAGCACGUCUGUGACGAUGGUUUGUUCGCCGUGAUUGCUUUGGGUUUCAAGUCUCACGCCAUGUUAACAUGGACACAGCAUGUGAAGAUCACCUGGUGUCUGAAUAAACCUUUUGUGUAAAAUCUA